UUAACGUGCUUUUGACAUAGAAGAAGCAAGAAAACAGCAUGAGAUGCACGCGUACGUAACGCGUAUUUAGAAUAAUCUCCACACCUUUUUUUAUCCAUCUCCCUGUUGCCGAAUCCAAUCCUUUCACCAGAAUAAUAAUUUACUCUGCAUUCUAGAACUUUUCUUGACUUUGGGUCUUUAUAUAUACUAAAACUCACCAAUUUUUCCAUUCCCUCCUCCAACGUUGUUAGUAAAGUCUCUCUCAACCAUCAUACAUUUGAUCUGAUCUGAUCUGCAUAAUGUCAUCCUACUAUUCAUCACAACCAUCUGGUCCAUUAGAAGUUGAAAUCAAGAUAUGCUCAGCUCAAGAUCUCAAGAACAUCAGCUGGAAACACGGUCCUCUCAAACCAUAUGCCGUUGUCUGGGUAGACCCAAAAGCAAAAUGCACAACCAAAGUCGAUGAAUAUGGAGAUACAUGUCCAAACUGGGAUGAGAAAUUAACCAUUCCUUUACCUCCACCACCUCCUUACAAUUCUUCACCUUCACCCAUCAACGACUCUACCUAUUUGUUCAUCGACAUCGUUCAUCUCAGAUCAUCGGAUGAAGAUACAAAACCGUUGAUCGGUUCUAUCAGGGUCCCUCUUAAUGAAAUCGUUGACGAAGUUGGGAUGGGCGAAUGGGCUCAUCGGAAACUACAUCUCAAACGUCCAUCUGGUCGUCCACACGGGAAACUAGAAGUCGAGAUUAAAGUCCGUGAGAAUCGGUACCGUGCGCCGGAUCCAUACUAUGCACCUCCUUAUGGUGUACCACCACCUCCGGCAUCAGCACCACCGUACUCCUCAUCGGCCGGCAGAGAUUAUUCACCAUCUGGAUCAUACCCGUAUGCUUCUGGUGGAGCUGCACCUCCUUCUGGGUAUCCAUAUGAUCCACAUCCGUACGGGCAGAACCCGGCAUAUGGACAGCCUAGCUAUGGUCAACCUGCUUACGGUGGUGAGUACGGAGGAAUGCCUGCAAAGAAAGACAGCAAGUUCGGAAUGGGGACAGGUUUAGCUGUGGGUGCGGUUGCUGGGGUUUUGGGUGGAUUAGCAAUAUCUGAAGGUAUUGAUCAUUUGGAGGAUAGCAUUGCUGAUGAUGUGACUGAAAGAGUUGAGGAUGAUUUAGGAUAUGAUGACGAUGAUUAUUGAUUCAUCAAAUGAGAAUGUCUUGUGGCAGAAUUGGUGUUACUGUUGAGAGUACCAAGGUGUGUUUUGGUGUUCAUUUUAUGGUUUAUAACUAGUUUAGUGAAUGUAUCUUUUGCUUUGCAGUAAAGAAAACAAAAACCAAUCUUGUUACUAGAGUUGUAAUCCAAACAAAAUAGAUAAAUGCUUCCUGAAUAAAAUGAUCUUAUAUGGUCUGUUUAGUUGUGCAAAA